AUGUAUAUCUUCGGAGGAAACAGCUACAGUGGCGAGAGGCUGAACGAACUGGACUUCUACAACCGCCAGGCUAACGAGUGGCAGCAGCUGGUGCCCGGUGGCUCCUUACCUGUCGCCCGGCGGUACCACAGCGCAGUGUGGAGCCCCGAAGCCGACGGGAUGUACCUCUUCGCAGGUUCCAACUUUCUGAACGGCAUUGGGCACAUGAACGAUCUGCACUUCUACGACCGCCAGGCCAAUCGGUGGCAGCAGCUCUUCCCUGUUGGCUCCCCACCAUCCCCGCGGGAGCAUCAUUCCGCGGUGUGGAGUUCGCCGGCCGAUGGCAUGUACGUCUUCGGAGGCUUCAAUGGGAGUAAUUUCUUGAACGAUAUACAUUUCUAUGACCGCAAGGCCAACCAGUGGCAUCAGCUGUUCGCCGAUGGAGUUGCUCCCUCCCCGCGCUACCAACACAGCGCAGCCUGGGAUUCAGAUGGGAUGUACAUCUUCGGUGGCUGGGGCAUAGCUGGCCCAACGAACGAUGUGCAUUUCUACGACCGCCAGGCAAAUGCCUGGCACACCGGGACCCCCUUGGCUUUGGCGCCCAAGCGCCACGGGCACACGGCGGUGUGGAGCCCGUCCGGGAUCUACGUCUUCGGGGGCGAUGCGGAUCUCUACUGCUACAAGGAGGUCGCCAGCUCGAAUCAAACCACCACCUCUGUCACAACGUCCACUGUCUUCACCACUGUUAACCAGGUGAUGUGGUCAGGCAACCUGCAGUUCACCUUGGAUGGCGAUGCUGCAAAACCACAAAUCACCACAGCUGUGCAGAUGGCUCUGGCGACCUGGUUUGGCAUUCCAGAAUCCUCCGUUCAAGUGGCCACAGACCUGAUGACCAGUGGCCGACGCCUUGCCCAGUUGUGGUUAGUGAGUUUUCAGAUCCAAAUGGAUGCAGCUGUGGUGCCAGAUUUCCAGGGCGCAGCGUUGGAGAGCUUCGCCACAGAACUGAAGACACAGCGCAGCCGGCAGAAAAUUCUCUGGUUGGAAGCCGCUGGGCUUCACGUGAACGAUCUCAGCGGAUUGGAGGCACCAAGCUCAGUGUCCAUGGAGCUGGUAGAGGCGGAGAAUCGGUGGCCGUUUCUGACCAUGCCAGGACCAUAUAGGAUUUGCGUCGUCUGUGCGCUGGGCGCCACCGUGGCUUGGUGCUACUGUCGACGUUCAAAGAGGGCUAAGGAGAAGGAGAUCGACGCUGCCGAGCCAUCGGCGGAGCCAUCGGCGGAGCCAUCGGCGGAGCCGGUGCAGCUGGAGAUCGACGACGCUCCGAUCCCUGUGCCGAUCCCAGCUGCACCAGCUGCACCCUGGCAGGUGGAACAGGUGGAACGCUUGCGACUUCCAACGGCAGUGCCGGAGUAUUGGUCGUGCCAAGGAGCUUGGACGGUACCCGUGGACGAGAGCACAUUGGAUGCGCUGCGAGAGAUCUUCGGAGAUGCGUCUAAGCUGGUGGAUUGCGCAUGGCGAAUUGAGAAGGAGGAUCUGUGGAUCCAGUACGCAGAAGAGCGAAACAAAGUGCUGCAGCAGAUGGAACAGCUGCAACGGCAGGAGAUUUUUCUGGAGCAAUGGACAAGUAGAGUGGAAGCCAGGAAGUUGCCUGGAGAGCUCUUCGCCGAAGUUGGCGAGUGCUUUUUGUUUCAGGCCAGUGACGGAGGCCUCGACAUCGUGGAAGAUCAGAAGGCCUUCGGAAAAGGCGUUGAGUACUGCUUCGUGGUCCGCACCACCUGUGGAGCAUGUUUGCAGAUACAAGGCGCGAAUGACAAGGAAGCUUUGGAGGUCUUCGACGAUCAGAUGGGGCCGCGUUGCCUGCGCUGUGUGCCAGGUGCUUCUCCUCCCUUCUCUUUUCACAGCGUGGUGAGCAAAGAGAGCGGGCUCAGUGAAUUGAAAUCGGGCGAGAUCACCGAGAUCACCGAGAUCGUUUGUCUCGGCGAUGCGAUGCGUCGAUGUUAUCCCGAGUAUCUGGUGGCCUAUCGCCUGCCGAAGGCAGCGCCGGCACGGAUCAGUCUUUGA